CUAUAACUAUAAAAGCCUUCCAAAAUCCGCCGUUUGCAAGAAGAAAAUACCCAUCUCGCUGCAAUUCUUUCCCUCGUCUUCUCGGAAUGGCUCCCGUACACGUAGCCAAUCAAGUCCCCGACGUAGAACCAGCAUCCAAGGUUCCCAAGUUGGACCAAAAAGGUGCCGUUGGUGUCGUCGCCCAGAGGCCAGCUUCGUUUUUCAGGGUGAAAUUGUUAUCUGACAAGGCUGUGGUGCCUUCGAGGGGCUCUCCUCUCUCUGCUGGUUACGAUCUUUCCAGUGCGGCGGAGAUUAAGGUUCCAGCCAGAGGAAAAGCAUUGGUUCCAACUGAUUUGAGCAUCGCAGUUCCUGAAGGAACCUAUGCACGAAUCGCACCGAGAUCGGGCUUGGCGUGGAAGCAUACGAUCGAUGUGGGAGCGGGAGUGAUCGAUGCUGAUUACAGGGGUCCUGUUGGGGUGAUAUUGUUCAACCAUUCGGAUGUGGACUUUGAAGUGAAGGUGGGCGACAGGGUUGCGCAGCUGAUCAUUGAGAAGAUCAUUACUCCUGAGGUUAUGGAGGUCGAGGAUUUAGAUUCAACUGUGAGGGGUAGCGGAGGGUUCGGUUCUACAGGCGUUUGAACAUCCUCUUUAGAGUAGAUCUGACGGUGUCUUUUUUUUUUUUUUUUUUUUUUUUUUACGUAAAUGUUGUCCAGGUCUUUUCUCGCUGUCAUUUCGAUUUAGAGACCGUUGAAGCUACUUGGUUUUUGAGUAAUUUUGUCGAACAGUUGGUGAAAGACAAGUAAUAGUAGUAUACUUUCUAAGUGCUAUCAUUUCGGAUUACUAUGAUGAUGAACAAUGACUUGUUUUGUACAUUUAUGAAUCCGACCCAAGUAGUUAUCUUUCUUUAUGAAAAAUCUAUUAAUUUA